AUGGCUUACAAGGCCGAAUACAAGACGACUUUCGAGCCUGGGAGGGUAAUCCAGCCCAUCUAUACUGGAGGAAGUGUCGCCCUCAGUCAAGAUGGUCGCAUUCUUGCUUCAUGCUUGGGAGAGGAUGCGCUUUUGAGUGAUCUGGCUACUGGUGAACAUCUAGCUAGAAUCGAAGGUGACGGUGAGACCAUUACCACUCUGGCCAUGACCCCCGACGCAAAGUACCUGGUCCUGUGUAGUCGCAACCUCUCUAUGAGGAUCUUCUCCUUAUCGACAUCUCCCACUGCCGACAACAGCAUAGACGCCACUCUGCUCAGAACUCUCAAGCCGCAUACCGCUCCCGUCGUUGUCGCAGCCGUCGAUCCUACCUCUACUCUUCUGGCCACUGGUGGCGCUGAUGGCAUUGUCAAAGUCUGGGACAUCAAGGGAGGCUUCACAACGCACACUUUCCACGGCCACAGUGGCAUCAUCUCGGCCCUUCAUUUCUUCCAGGUUGAUUCUUCCAGCUCGGACAGCCAGCACAAGUCGCGCAAGAGAAAGAGCAGGUCGGGCGAUGACGAGGACGCCCCAGAUGGUACCACUGGCUACAGACUGGCUUCAGGAGGCGAAGAUGGAAAGGUCAGAGUUUGGGAUCUCCACAAGCGCAAGCCGGUCGCCACUCUGGACUCGCACGUCUCGGUUGUUCGCAGUUUGGACUUUUCUUCUGAGCAGCAACUUCUUCUUUCGGCCAGCAGAGACAAGACUGUUAUCACCUGGGACGCGAAGACGUGGCAGUCGAAAUUGACCGCCCCUAUUCUGGAGACUGUUGAAAGAGCUGGAUUUGUCGCAAAUGGUGACUUUUUCUUUACUGGUGGAGAGAAUGCAAGAAUCCGUAUUUGGGACAUGGCUGGUAACGAGAGAACCGAGGAACAAGAGGCUGGAGUUGAGACUGAGGCUAUUCUGGACGUCAUCCACCACUCGGAUCUACCCUUUUUAUUGUCCAUCCACGUCGAUCAAACAUUGGUUCUGCACUCGCUGGAGCCAUUGAUCCAGACGACUGUAGAUGUCACUAUUCCUCCGCUCCCCAUCAUCCGUCGCAUUUCUGGUACCCAUGAUGAAAUCAUCGACAUGGCUUAUGUAGGCACCGACAACUCUAUGCUCGCGCUUGCCACCAACUUGGAGGACAUCCGUUUGAUUACCUUGAACACUGAGAGCAAGAACGAAGGAUCCAGUAUUGCAGAUGCUGCAUACUUCGGUGCCGACGUAGCCCUCCUCAAGGGCCAUACUGACAUUAUCAUCACCAUCGACACCGACUGGUCAGGGCACUGGCUCGCAACUGGAGCCAAGGACAACACCGCAAAACUCUGGCGCCUGGAUCCUGCAAACAGCUCAUACACUUGCUACGCUACCUUUACUGGUCACGCAGAGUCUAUCAGUGCAGUAGCUCUCCCUCACGCCAUCCCCGUUGUCGGCUCAAACGCACAUAGCAAGCCUCUCGAACAUCCCCCUACAUAUUUGAUUACUGGAAGUCAAGACAAGACUAUCAAGCGCUGGGAUAUCAGCUCCGCCAAGUCUAGCUCUGAAGCCAAGGCAGUGCGUGCAUCAUACACUCGCAAAGCUCACGACAAGGACAUCAACGCCAUCGACACUUCUUACUCUCAACAAGGUACUCUUUUCGCCUCCGCAUCUCAGGACCGCACAGUAAAGAUCUGGGAUCUGGAAACUGGUGAGUCUGUCGGUGUACUCCGUGGCCACAAGCGUGGUGUCUGGUCCGUCGCCUUUGCUCCUCCUGGUACACCGGCCAUUGCAGGCGAUUCAGGAUCUAGCAGCGGCACCAGAGGCAUGGCUGUUACCGGAAGUGGUGACAAGACUGUCAAGAUCUGGAGUCUGAACGACUACACUUGUCUGCGCACAUUCGAAGGCCACACAAACAGUAUCUUGAAGGUCAUCUGGCUUCCCAUCUCCAAGAACCCUGGAAAGCGUGGCGAACGCAAUCUGCAAGUCGCCAGCGCAGCAGGUGAUGGUCUUGUCAAAGUCUGGGAUGCUCAAAGUGGCGAGUGCGCUGCUACUCUUGACAAUCACAUCGACAGAGUUUGGGCACUGGCCGUCAAGUCUAACAGGACCGGAACAGUCAAGGCUGCUUCGACUGAAGAGGAAGAGGAAGCGCCAGAGCCCCCUGUCGAGCUCAUCUCUGGUUCUGCAGAUGCCACUCUCACGUUCUGGACCGAUACCACAUUGAUGACCUCUCAAGCUUCAGCAUCUCGCGCAACCGCUCGUGUGGAACAAGACCAAGAAUUGCAGAACCACAUCCACGCCAAGAACUACCGCGAAGCCAUUGUACUAGCCCUUCAGCUCAACCAUCCUAAGCGACUACUCGACCUUUUCACCCGCGUUCUCGAGUCUGAAGACAAGGAUGAAGGCAGCCUGACCGGUGUUAAGGGUGUCGACGAGGUCUUGGCCACAUUGUCAGAAGAGCAGCUUUGGAAACUUCUGCUCAGAUGCCGUGACUGGAAUGCCAAUGCCCGUACCGCCCAAGUCAGUCAGCGCAUCCUCCACACACUCUUCCGCUUAUACCCCAAGGAGAAGUUUGUCCAACUAAGGCGAAAGAGAGCUCCUAAGCCUCAAGUAGCUGACGAAGACGAACUUGCUCAGGGUAUGGGUGCCCUUGAGGUCAAGGAGAAGAUGCAGAAGAAUGAGAACGUCAAGGAUGUGUUGGAAGGUCUGAAAGCAUACACAGAACGACACUAUGGACGUCUGGAAAAGAUGGCGGAAGAGAGAUGGGUCUUGCUCUGGACUCUGCAGCAGAUGGAUUCAUGA